UUUUGAUUGUGGUCCCUCGCAGCAUCAGGUCUUCUUAAUGAUCGCGUUGCAUAAUCGACGAACGAAGGAGACGUCUUUUAGGUCAGAGGAGGAAUGGGACAAUAACGGCGAAUGGGUAUCUCGUUGAAUAAAAUAAAAUAACCGGUUGAGGCUUCGACGAUCAAACCGGAAAGUUUGUGCAUCCAUAGCGCCUCAAAUCGCGACCCCCCGAACCGGAAAUGGGGUUACGUGUUUUAGAGACGUACCACGUGUGCAUCGUAAAAUGAAGUGCAGAGGAAAGAAGGACGACAAAAAAAGUUCAACAGGUGAGGAAGGAGGCACGGCCUCCGUUUGGCCGCAGUUUGUGACUGGUGUCGUGUGAACAAACGCGCGUUAAAUCUUUAAUAUAUAGACGAGGCAGGAGACUGAAGAAAAGUAGGGAUUCUUCGAGGCGUUAAGAGAAGAACGUUUAAAGAGCGACCAACAUCAUGGGGGUCCUGGAUAGAGGUGCCACACUUAACAUCUCCGAAGGAGGAAAAGUUAAAAAAAGUUGUUCACCUAGACUAAAAAAAUCAGUAGUGUUACCAGUUGUGGCCGUGAUUUUAGUGAUAAUAGUCAUAGUAAUAUUAUAUCUAACGGGAGUUUUGGGAUCGGAAAACGAGACGACGACAACUUCUCCUGCGAAUCCGACGAUGCCAAUGCGACCUUCAGUAUCUUCCUUGCACACCUUUUCCAAGGCCGCAGUUUGUGCAGAUGGACCACCUUGUGCCCAAAUUGGACAGCAAAUAUUACAACAGAAAGGAUCCGCUGUUGACGCAACGUUGGCUGCAUUAUUCUGUAAUGGUUUGGUGAACAUGCAGAGUAUGGGCUUAGGAGGCGGCUUUCUGAUGACUAUCUACAAGAAGGAUGCACGCAAGGCUUACACUCUAAAUGCACGUGAAACGGCACCAUUAGCUGCGACCCCAAACAUGUUCCAAAACAAACCGAAAGCAGCAAGAAAAGGACCACUUUCCAUUGGAGUACCUGGAGAAUUGAAAGGCUAUUGGGAAGCUCACCAAAAGUUCGGAAAACUCGACUGGAAAACGAUCAUCCAACCGACAAUAGAUUUGUGCGACAAAGGAUACAAACUGACAAUCCCUCAACACAAAACUGCAGAAAAAAUCAAUUUCACCACUCCGACUUACAAGAAAUGGUUUUACAAUGACGAUGGUAAUCUGAAGAAGGUUGGAGAAACGGUGAAACCGGAAGUAUUGUGCAACACGCUGAGGAUAAUUGCGGAAAAAGGAGCGGAGGAUUUCUAUACAGGAUCACUAUCUAAAAUGAUAUUGGACGAUUUGAAGAAGGCAAACUCUAUAAUAACGGCAGAGGACUUGAAAAACUACAGUCCGGUUUGGGCAGACCCAAUUUCCGUUACUUUGAACAAUGGUGAUCAGCUAUACUCCACUCCUCCACCCGGUUCCGGUAUUUUGUUGGCCUUUAUAUUGAAAAUCCUCGAUGGAUUUAAUUUCACUCGGCAAAGUAUUGAUGGCGUUGAAAAUACAGUUCAAACAUAUCAUAGAAUGAUCGAAGCAUUUAAAUACGCGUAUGCCAAGAGAACUGAACUGGGAGAUACUAAAUUUAUUAAUAUCGAUAAUUUGAUCAACAAAUUGGCUUCGCCUCAAUACGCUGAAGAAAUCCGAUUGAAAAUUAGAGACAAUCAAACAUUUACAGAUCCUGCUCAUUACGGUGCUGUCUUCUACGAUGAUUCUGGUGAUAAUGGUACAGCUCAUAUAUCUGUACUGGACGAAUACGGUGAUGCUGUUUCUGUUACUAGUACCAUCAAUUUAUAUUUUGGAUCGGAAGUAAUCUCCGAAAGCACAGGUAUCACCUUCAACAGCGUGAUGGAUGAUUUUUCAACACCCGGAUUCAAGAACUAUUUUGGUUUACCAGGAUCCCCAAAUAAUGCAAUUGCACCAGGAAAAAGGCCUUUGUCAUCGAUGAGUCCGAGCGUAAUGACUGACAAAAACGGUGAUGUGAUUUUGGUAGUCGGAGCAUCUGGAGGAACACAAAUCACAACUGGCAUAGCUCAAGUUAUUAUGAGAAUACUAUGGUUUGGACAAAAUAUUAAAGAAGCUGUAGAUUCACCAAGAAUCCAUCAUCAAGUAUACCCGAUGCAACUUGGUUAUGAAUACGGAACUCUUCAGCAAAUCAUUGAUGGUUUGGAGAAGCUCGGACAUAAUACCACUCGCCUUACAUCGUACUCUGUUAUAUGUGGUCUGUUCAAGAAGAACGACACCAUCUUUGCCAAUGCCGAUCAUCGAAAAGGCGGCGACGUUUACGGUUAUUAACAAAACAAAUAUUUUAUCGAAGAAUGCAAGUAAAAUGCUUGAAAUGUACAAUAAUGUUAAAGUUUCCGCAUAUUGUGAUAUUUCUAACUUAGGUAUUAAACUCAUUGUGUCGCAAUAA